GACGGUAGCAGUAUCACUAGGCCACUGCCAAGGGAACAAAAACGCAACAGGCAAACCCAUCCUUUCAAUACCAUCACUAGGAGAGACCAUCAGAGAGAGAGAGAGGCGGGGCCGAGCGAGAGAGAUAGUGAUGCUUUCAGCAGGUGCCAAAAAGUGAGAGGUAGCUGAGCGAAGGAGAGAGAGAGAUGGAAAGCAGCCUGUGAGAGCAGAGAGACCUGAAGCUUCGGACAAAACAGAAAAGAGACUGUGUGUAUUUGUGUAGUCGUGUUUAGACCUGUUUCUCUGCAUCGUCGCUGCCGCCGUCCACUCACUGCUGCCAUGCUGUGCCCAGCGCUGCUCUGUGCCACGCUGGUCUUACUGACCCCCCUGGAGCUGUCCGAGGGGCGCACCCUGCACCCCUCCCCUGAAGGACUCCAGUUUGUGGAGCAGUUUCUGGAGCGUUAUAACGACCUCCUCAACCUGGACAAUCUGGAGAACAUGGCAAGCAACCAACCGGAAGAGCCUUCUGACUACGCCAAUGGGGUCAAAGUUGCCGAAUAUCCCAAAUGGGCCGACCUACCGGGAGCCCAGGAAGACAGCGCCUGGCUCCGCCUGCUGAAGGCAGCUCUGGCCAAUCAGAAGCGAGCUGAACUGGACAGGUCACGACGGGCGUGGAACAGGGGAUGCUUCGGCCUGAAACUCGAUCGGAUUGGUUCUAUGAGCGGACUGGGCUGCUAGUCGAAGGAAGAGGGGCGACAGACUGACACAACUAGUAAAGGAAAUGAAACGGCUACACACAUACACACACACGUACACGCACACACACAGAGGCACACGCACACACACACACAGACAAAAAGGAAAAGAAUGUGAGUGUUGAUUAUGUCCACACGCAGUGUAGUGUAUACUUGCUGUUUUGCUUAUGUGAUUCAAUGAAGCGUAGCGCAAACAUGACCGUGUCUUGGCUGCUGAAAAGAGGUGCGGUAGUUUCGUUUGAUUCUUUGUUUUUAAGUGUGCAUUUAUGUGUUUUUACAAAUAGUACAUUUAGUUUGGAAGACGUUUGAGGAGUGUUCAAGUGGAGCUAUUGUUCUAUGUGAUUAUGUCUGUGUUGUUUUUACAGUGCACUUUAUUAAGGAAUGUAGUUGAGACUGUGUCCUUCCUAGCUAAUAUCAAUGUCAUUCUUUUGUAAGGAAUUGCUUUUCUUUUCUGUUUCUGCAUGUCUGAGGGACACAGUAUAUGUUGACAUAUAUACAUGUUCUUUGCUCCUUUUUUUGGCAAAACUUUUGCAUGCUAAAUAAACACAUUCCA